ACUUCACUUAUAUGGUCGUCUAACUUCAGCCUUUAUAUUUUAAACUGAGAAGCGACCUUUAUGUAAAGUUUCAUUUUGAUACGUACAGUAAAAGUGGAUCUUUUCCAGCCUUCACAGGUGCUGUGGGGAUACAUCUUUAGAUUCCAGUUGCUGUCUGUUUCUGACUACUCAUGAGACAUCUCCACUUGGACCAACCAGAUGUGAGCCCACCCAUUUUGCAAUCUUAUUGCACCUCGCUGCCUCUCCACUGUAGUUUGGUCUCUUCAGCCCCUAGGAAACAGCAGCUUUGACCGCUGGAGGAUCGUUUCUAUCUGAGAUGUUUUUCAAUUUCAAAAGUGGCGUGGGGCGUAUGGCUCACGACCCCUCUGUGUUUGUAGUGGACACCCAUGCCACCCGACCAGCUGUGCCACCUCGACUGGGCAAACAGAAGAAGCAAAGCGGGGUCGCGCAGACUCUGCUGUUCGUCCUGGUGACCCUGGCACUGCUCGGCGUGUUCUUUGAAGCUUUCUUCAUCUAUCGCCUCUACCAAUCUGAAUAUGGCCCCUCAGGUGUCACCUCAAAGCAAAUCAGCGGAAACCCUGAGCCGGAUACUACAGACCCUGAUGGUCGUCUUCUUCCAUCCAAACCGGUUGCACAUCUCACAGACGGCCAAGACGCCCAAGACGCCCAAGACGCCCAUCACGACCCACACGUCAUGGCAUGGAGCGUUAUUGCAGAGCCUCUCCUGUAUGAAAUGAAAUACAAAGACAGACAUCUCAUCAUCCAGAAAGAGGGAUACUACUACAUCUAUUCCAAGGUCUACUACUCACAAGGUGGUGCUUUUUGCCAUUCUGUGAUGAUGCGAACUAAAAUGUAUGCUGGAAAAGGCAUCUCCCUCCUGGAGGCCAGAGAGUAUCUGUCAAAGAAAGACAAAGAAGACAAGAGUUUUUCCAACAGUUUCCUAGCCGGGGUGUUUUACCUGUCCCAAAAUGAUGCUAUCUAUGUAAAUGUUAGCAGCACAAAACAGAUUAUCAGCCACAGAUCUUAUGAGAAUGUGUUUGGUGCAUAUAUGAUAUAGAUAUCAGACCGACAGGAGAUUAAAAAAGAGCUUAUAACUCUUUUCAGGGACAUUUUUAAUUGCCUUUUAUACUUGAUC